GCUGUAUGUUUACAUGUUAUUUAUAAUUUUUGAAAAUUAGUAAUAUUAAAAUAUAAAACUAUAUUUUAUGCCACGUGUCAUCUUUCGGGAGAAGUUUUUUUUGCUGAUGUGGACGCUCUAUGGAGCUUCAAAAGGUCCCUUUUAUUAGUAAGGAUUACGUAAAACUCACAUGGGCCUUAAUAAUGCCUGUUACACUAAACUGUUUAUUAAACUCACUAAGAGCUGUUGUAUAAAGCCGACAACAUACUCAAGAGAAAAACGAGGAAAAACAAAUUACUAUAUAACAUUGUUUUGGAACACAUCUAUAUAAUUAACAGAGUGUAAUACUUUCAUAACUAUAUUUAUCUAUUAGUCUUGUGACGUUGUGGCAAAAAUAGGAACAAUUGCACGUUUUGACCAUUAUGUCUCUCUGAUUUUACCCAAAACGCCCAAAAGGUUUGAAUACUGCAAAUCUCACAUAUUCUCUGUUUUUAGUAACAUGUGAAGAAAUAGUUGACCACCUGUCAAACUCAGACUCAAAGUCCAAGUUUGUCUGAGCUCUUGUUUGGUCUUAUUAGGCUGAAAACGCCGAUUUGUCUUAAUGUUCUCUGUUGACAUAAACUCUGAUAUGUACACAUGUAACUUUCUCCAAGCAACCAUCACAACAUACAUGCGGUUAUAGAGAAGAUCCGGUUAAGAUAAACCGGACUGGACUCAAAAGCGGUGGGGUAUAACCGGGCAAGAGGCAAAGCCCAUAAAUACCAAGAGAAAAGAGUGAGUCUUUGUGUUGAAGAAACACAAGAAGAUGUAUGUGAUUGAGAGCAAAACAGCAGCUAUAGGAUGUAUGAUACUUUCGUUAUGUUGUUUGGGAAGUUGGCCAGCGAUUUUGACUCUUUUGGAGAGAAGAGGUCGUCUUCCUCAACAUACUUUUCUUGAUUUCACAACCGCUAACCUCUUGUCCGCGAUUGUGAUCGCAUUUACACUCGGUGAGGUUGGAAAAAGCACGUUUCAAACGCCUGACUUCACCACUCAGCUCCUUCAAGAUAAUUGGCCGUCGGUGUUGCUUGCAGUCGUUGGCGGCGUGCUUUUAAGCGUUGGGAAUUUAGCGACUCAAUACGCUUUAGCGUUUGCCGGUUUACCGGUUACCGAAGUUAUAACCGCAAGCAUCACCGUUGUCAUUGGAACCACGUUGAAUUAUUUCUUGGACGACAAGAUAAACAGAGCGGAGGUUCUUUUCCCAGGAGUAGGCUGCUUCUUGAUCGCUGUCUUCCUUGGCGCUGCUGUUCACUAUUCUAAUGCAGCUGAUGUCAAAGCUAAACUAGAGUCUUUACCUAGCGAGUAUAAAGCUGGGACACACAGGGAAGGGGAUUUCUAUUCUUCCAUUAAAAAAGGUGAGGACAACCCUGAAAAAGGUUUGUCCUUACCCUUAACAGAGGAAACUGAUCUCGAGUCUCAUGAGCAACCAGUAGAAAAAGCGAAAGCGGGGACUGCAGGAUUCUUUGUAGAGCUAGAGAACAAAAGAGCAAUCAAGGUCUUUGGAAAGAGCAUAAUGAUCGGACUCUUUUUAACGCUCUUCGCUGGAACCUGCCUCUCUUUGUUCUCUCCUGCAUUCAACUUGGCAACAAAUGAUCAGUGGAGCACAUUGCCAAAAGGCGUGCCUAAGCUUGUUGUCUACACGGCCUUCUUUUACUUCUCCAUCGCGGGUUUUCUCAUCGCUCUGAUUCUAAACCUCAUCUUUCUUUACCGGCCUAUGGCAGGCUUAGCGAGAUCAUCGCUUAAGAAAUAUGUAAAAGACUCUAAAGGUAGAAGUUGGGCUGUUUUUGCUGGCUUCUUGUGUGGGUUUGGUAAUGGUUUGCAGUUUAUGGGAGGUCAAGCUGCUGGAUACGCGGCUGCAGACUCUGUCCAAGCACUACCUCUUGUGAGCACAUUUUGGGGUAUAAUUUUGUUUGGAGAGUAUCGGAGAUCGUCCAGAAGAACUUAUGUACUUCUGGUUAGCAUGUUGCUCAUGUUUGUGGCGGCAGUGGCCAUUCUCAUGGCGUCUUCUGGUCGCCGUGGUCACCGGAAAUGAUGACAUAUUUUCUUAUAUAGUUUUAGUAUACGUUUGAGGACUCGUUAUGAAUAUCAAUAAUCGAAUGUUACGUUUAUUUUUAUUUUCUAAUCAAGUUGGAAAAUAUUUGGUAUAUUUCUAAAGUACAUUAUAGUUUCCUCA